UUUAAGCUGCAUGGAAUACACGAAGCUUUGAAAAAACAAUGAACAAAUAAAUGUAGAAUUUAAAAAUGGCUGCCAUGCUCAUUGUUCAAAACUUGAAUGAACUGCCUCUUAAAGCAAGGGUUCUCUGCAAAAACAACACAAGGCGGCAUAUCUAUGCACUAACCAAAUUUUGGAUUGGGCGAUUGGUAAGAUUGUAAUUCAACAGCAACAGCAAUUUUAAAUCUCUGCGCACAUUUCCAGGCUCAUAAAAAAUUUACUAUCGCCUUAAACGAGUAUUCUUACAUAUUGAGUUAUUUGUGUAAGGGUUUGAAAUCUGAAACUAAUAAAAUUCCAAUUGUAUUUGCUUGUUUUUUUUUUGCAUGCUGAUGCUAACACAACCAUGGAUAUGGCUUUCGAUUGCCAUUCAACAAAUCAACAUUUUGCUAUCGCACAAUACUUUGCCGCUGGCUACGAUUGUAAAUAUGACGAAAAAUUGGCAUCUUUCUAAAUGAAAUUCUACGCUGAAGGUUCAACUGGAUGAAGCAACUGACGCAUGGGGCAUAAAAGUCGAACGUGUUGAAAUUAAGGACGUACGCUUACCAGUACAACUGCAACGCGCUAUGGCAGCCGAAGCUGAAGCAGCGCGUGAAGCACGCGCCAAAGUUAUUGCCGCUGAAGGAGAGCAAAAAGCAUCAAAGGCACUACGCGAAGCCUCUGAAGUCAUUGGAGGUUCACCAGCAGCGCUACAAUUGCGUUACUUACAGACACUCAAUACAAUAUCGGCGGAAAAGAACUCAACAAUAGUUUUCCCAUUGCCCAUCGAUUUGAUAACUUAUUUCCUGAAGACAACCGAGGCAACGGCGCAACAAAACGCCGCGCAACAAAACGCCGUCGUAGCCAUACCACCAGCGGUGGCAGGAGUGAGCAGCCAAAAUUCACCACAGCAAUCGACAUCACCGCAAGCGGGCAUUCAAACGGCAUCUAUGUAAAAAACAAAAACCAAAAAAAUUAUUUAGGUAAUCGUUAUGGCCGGCGAAAGCAAACGAAAUAAUAAAUAUGUAUGUAUGUAGUUUGCAAACGAUUUUACGGUAAACUUGAAGAAAAAAUCAAAACGUAAAUAUUUACUUCUAAGUGGAUAUACAUAAAAUUAAUUAGGCGGAUGAGCUAAGAUUGAAAAGUUGAUUUGAAAAAAAAUGUUGCUUUGUGAUUUGUGAAUGUUGGAAUGUUCAAAACAUAGUAUUUAACUGCUGAGCCGAUUGGAUGAAAUGAAUUGAAAACAGUGUGCACAAAAAGUAUGCGUCUUCAGGUAGGUCAGUACAUUACAUCUCGAAGAGAACUGUUCAUAAAUAUUAGCAGAAGCAAACGAAAGUGUAAAAGCAAAAAGUAAGAAAAGAACCUUGCCGAGCAACCCAUGUUAAAAUUCUUGAAACAUGCCAUAACUCUUAACUACAGUUAAGCUUUUGUUGGAAACAGGCUAUUAGCCUCCAUAGUGAAAUCUAAACUAAUAAAAUGAUUUAACUGAUUCGGCUGGUUUUGAUUUCAGUAUCUCUCAACAAAAUAUUUGCAGACUAGAGCCCAGACAAUCUACAAGCAACAAAACUUUUCCUUAGCCAAAUUCCACCACAUAUCCAUACUAAGUACGCACAAGUCCUUCUUCACUUUUGGUCCUUUUAUUGAGUUCGUGGUCGCCGCGUUUUCACUAUACACUCAUGAGCGCCAAGUCUAAGGAUGUUCUAUGAAACCAAUCAUCCAUGCAAUAGUUCAGGUUGCGAAAUCCGCUUCUUAAAUAUAUGUACUAUACUUGGAGGUCACAGAAGCGUAAUGCAAAACCAAGGUGGACAUUUUGCUAAACUCUAUUCCAUUUUGAUGGUUCCGACAUCCGAAAAACAAAGAAUGGAUACUCCAAAAAUCUGUAAGGUAUUCAGAAACUAAGAAAUCCUCACAGAGCACGCGAAACCGGGAGCUCAUAUGGCCUGUGGUCCUUCGUCCUAUUAGCAUUCCCACGGGGAGUUAUAUUCUCGUCUUUGGAAGUCCGUGUUUUUCAUUCGGCAAAAGUAAGUCACUCUGAUUACUGUGCUCGGCUAGUGGUCAGACUUGCCUACUUGCUGAUAAGUACUGCUUUAGUAGUUUCCUCAAUUUUCUUUAAAAAAAACACGAAUCCGACUUGACUUCUGAUAUCCAACUCAUUAAGUUAUUUCCUAGAUCCUCUACACACCUCCUCACAAAGCCGUCUUUGUUGAAGCCGUGUAUUAAACGUUACCUAAGUCAGCAAGUUUAUUGAUAAGCUAUUUAGAUAGGGACAGUUCAAAGAGAGAUCAGGGAUGGUCUGUAUGAAUAUCCAAAGUAUAGAUGUACGUUAGGUAUGUUAUCGUUUAUUGCGGAUAGAUUCUAUAAUAUCCACAAGGGAGUUUUGCUAAAGUAACUUAGCGAUAGCUUACGAUUCCAUUCCGAUUACGGCAUUCAUAGGACGAGAGUUGAGGAAGGUGCUAAUUGUCUACCUAUGAACAGCCUUUAUAGACUGUCUGUAAUCUGGCGUAAUCAGCUGAAAGCGUAUAGUUCUGAGGUGCCUUAUAAUUGACUUCACUACGAACUAGUGCCUGUUGGCAGGAUCUUUAGGGUAACAACCAAGAUGGAUGCCUUGAUUAGGGACUUCUUCGUACAAAUGGUGUUCCCGCGAUAGCUGAAGGCAUCCGUCAAUAGUUUUUAUUGUACCGUGCUGUCGAAUACAUCGAGUUAAAUUAACGAUAUCGACAGAGAAGGUAUUCUUCUUUCACUGAUCUGUUAAGCUUGACCUUUUCGUCUAGAAAAGUAUUUAGAUCAGUGAUGAAGCGGUACAGUUAUGAGAGAUAACCAUGCACAACACAAGUUAUGUGUGUAAUUUCCCGUCGCCUAAAUCAAGUAGCCGUCGGCAAAUGUGGUUAAAAAAAGGACUUCUAAUGGAGGAGAGAGUACGCACUAAGCAACAUAAUAGCAACGAUCAAUAAUUUGAUCUCAAAUGUCAUCGAUCAGUGACGACUACUCAGGUUAUUCACUGAGGUGCAAGUGAGAUUUUUCGUCGAGUUUGUGUAGCGUAACUGACAAUUUCUGACUGACAACUGACAAUAGUUUCCAUGGCUUCGCUAGUGGUACUACCGUAUUCAGAAACGAGAUGGUAACUUAAUCUGGUCUUGCCUUUUGCUAACUACUUUAGAAUCCACCUGCUUAUUCCAUCGGGGAGAAUGGCUUCGUGACCACUCGACCUUCAUCGAUGGAGAAACAAAAUGUUGAUGUUCGUAGUUUUUGCGCACCCAGGGGUGCAGUGUGAAUUUUCGGCUAAAAUAACUUGCAUCCCUGACGCGUGGCUAUGGCUGUGGUACUGCUUUCUUCCAGUGGUCACCAGAGAUUGAUGAUGAGCUAUUUAAGACUUUAGAAGGAUCGUCAAGAUUCUUGAACUCAUUUCGAGUUGGCCGUUAAUUAGGAAGAAAAGGAUACGCGGAUGUUAGCGCUGAUCUUGAAAAAUACUAAAAUGAUCUAUAAGGUUAAAUAGGAAUCACUGGAAGAAAAAGCGCCGAUUCGACAAAAGUAAUUGCUUUAAAAUGCCUGAAAAUUUCCCAAUUAAAAAGUUUUAGCAGGCAUCAAGCUAAAAACAAUAGCGAAUUUUAAUGAAACUUAGAAGCGACAUACAAGUGUACUUAUACUUUUUGUGUACACUGUAUUUGUAUGUGGUACGUAUCCACUCGCCUAGGUAAAUACGAUUAUAUAGCAAUUUCUAGUACAUAUACAAAUAAGUAUAAAUGAAUAAGUAGCCUUAGGGAGUUGAAAUAUGUAAAUGUUGCUGAAAUGGCGUUAAGUUUGUUCGAUUAGCGUAAAUUCGUACAGUUUGUAAUUAAAAAAAAAAUUAUCAGUUAAGUGCGAAAAUUUAUUACAGUUAUAAGCUGUCUUAAAUGUAUCAGUAAUUUAUAAUUAUAACACGUUAAUACAUAUGCCACAAAAAAUGAUAACUUUAAUAUAUUUGCUAUAUAUGUAUAUAUGUACAUAAGUAUGUGCAAUAUUAAAUUGUAUGCAUUCACUUAUUUACAUAUAAUUCCCACAAAUUUAUAAGCACGCGAAAAUUCAAAAAGUUUUACCCACACAUACAUUACCUAUCGCAUUGACAUUUUAGCAGUUUAAGGAUAUCACUUUAUUAGCAUUUAAAUACGAGUAGUUAAAUAAUUAAUAGCAAAUACUUUAACGACCGGAGGUCCUGAUUUACUGCGGAGAAUAGUUUGAAAAUUAUAAAUUGCAAAAGUAUGUAUACACACAUACAUGCUUAGCUUAAUAUGUUGCGUAAUUACUUGUCAGCAUGACUGCCACCAACAACCAAAGUAAGUAAACAAAGCACUCGAAAGAGAGCCGAUUUCAAACGUUAAAGUGAAAUCUGUGAGUGUCUCAACAUUUUUCGUAACUCAUGAUUCGGUUAUCACUGAAUUUGCCAUAUAGAUAACUCUUCUUCUUCUUGUUCUUCAUAUUUGGCACCACAACCGUUUGUCGGUUUGGGCCGAGACCAAAAAGCUUCUCCAAUUGCAUCUCCCCUUGCAAAUUUGCGCCAGUUGCUCAUCCCGAGUGCAGACAGGUCCUUCUGCCCUUGGUCCUUCAAUUUUGUUCGAACGCGCCUUUGCUUUCAUUGUCCACCCAUGGGUGAGGAGUCGAAGGAUAUUUUUACCGGAGCCUCGCCAUCCGUGCGUACAACAUGACCAAGCCAGCGCAAUCGCUGUAUUUUGAUGCGCUUAACGAUGUCCAUGUCGUUACAAAGCUCAUAUGGUUCGUCAUAACAUCUUCUCCUAUGCCCAUCGUCCACGCGAACGGAGCCGUAGAACUUUCGUAGAAUGGUUCUCUCGAAAGCAUCUGAAUUCUUCUCCUCUUUGAUUAACAUCGUCCACGUUGCGGCGCUAUAUAUGUACUUAGAAGAACUGGCAUUCCUUGUAGAGCGUAAUUUUUGUUCGUCGAGAGAGGGCUUUGCUUUUCAAUUGCCUACCGAGCUCAAAGUAGCACCUUUUGGUAAGAGUUAUGCCUUGCUUGUUCUCCAAUCUGACGUUAUGCGGAAUCCUAGGUGGACAAAGCCCUUCUUCACUACUUCAAAGUUAUAGCUGCCAGCAGUGACGUGUGUCCCGAAACGUGUGGACUCUUUUUAUAUAUUGACAGCAGCUACAUUGUAGUGUCUUCAUUCACCGCAAGACCGACCUCUUUAGCUUGCUUUUCUACACUGGAAAAUGCUGCGCAUCCCUUUGUUUCAGACCGACGAUGUCGAUAUAUACAUAUGUAUAUUGGCAGCUCUUAUAGCGCUUUCCAGCAUCAGAAUGAAAAAGUCGCACGAGAGUGAAUCGCCUUGUCUAAAACCUCAUUUGGCCCCAAACGGCGGGGCGAGGUCCUUCCCAAUUUGGACGGAGCUGAAGGUUGUGUACAUAGCCGUAUUAGUUUUGCGGAGAUCCCAAAUUUAGACAUGGCAUUGCGCAGGCAACUUCUCUUCGUGCUAUCAAAAGAAGCUUCGAAGUCGACAAAAAGAUGAUGUGUGUAGAUUUUCUUAUCUAGUGUCUUCUCCAGGAUUUGACGUGCGGUAAAAAUCUGAAGCCACGCUGAUAAGUCUUUCACACAGUAUCGCCGACAGGACUUAUAUUAAGAGGGCUUAUUCCGCGAUAGUUGGCGAAAACGGCGGGAUCUCCCUUCUUGUGGAUUGGCCAAAGUUAAUUUAGAUUCCAGUCUUCGGGCAUGUCUUCAUCAGACCAAAUUCUGCUUAAAAGUCGGUACAUGCGCCACACCAACUCUUCGCCACCGGCUGUGAACAGCUCAACCGGUAAACCGGCGGGCCCGGGCCUUGUUGUUUUUAAGCCGCCUUACUGCUAUUCUCACCGCAUCUUGGUCGAGUAGGGGGACGUAAGCUGCAUCCAAAUACAUUGGUUCGGGUUCUCCCUCAUCAAGCGCGCCACCUGUGUCGUCAUUCAAAAGCGUGUUCCCUCCAUAUCUCAGCCCUGAACAUCUGUUACCAGAUUUCCAUCUUCAUCAUUACAGGAUCUAGCCCCGGUCGUAAAACGAUUUGAUUGAUGCCUUAUCUUCUAACCGAAUUUUCGAGCCGCAGUCCUGCCUGCCAGCAUUUCAGGCUCUUCUCAUUCGCGUCUUUAUGCCUCUCUCUUCUCUUCCUUGAAAAGGCCUUUUUCCAUUUUUUUUUCAAUAUAUAGGAAGAGAGUAGAAGAUUACCUAUUGGAGCAUUUCACUCGUUCUGGCUCUGCAUUCUCCAUCACUACUCUCAUGAGUGUCUGAUUUACGCGUAAAAAACAAAGAAUUGAUUUCUCUUUAGGAAGCAAAAUAUCUCGAGAAGCCUCUAUUUUGUUAUCGCAUUUGACCAAUUAAGUAAUCCUGCUUCCAGAUGCCGGACGAGAGCAGCUGAAAACACCUAACAUAAGCACUCUGCUACCUAGAUAUUGAAGCUAAAAGCGUACUCAUUUCAAUGAGAAAUUGGACAGAAAUUGGCACGCAAUAAUUGAAGCGUCACUUACUGCAUUUCAUACUAUAUUAUCACAGUCACUUUAUUCUGUGUUGCACAGUGUUUUCGUUUAGAAAAGUUUACUAACUUCGAGAUUUGUAAAUAAAGAGUUGUGAAAUACGAAAGUAGCAGUAAAUAAAAAAUGUAAUAUAGAAUGUUAAAAGCAUAAUUUAGCGCAAAAUAUUAAAAUUCACUCACAAAUCAAUUAAAAAUCGUAAUGGACAAAAAUUUUGGCAAUUUCAAAUAGCAAAUUUUUAUUAAGCACCCUUUAUCGCAAUACUCUGUAGUAAAAGUACACAUACCAGCAAUUUUUUGAUUACAAACAUAACUUCAAUUAAACUAAGAAAAUUCUUAAACAUAGAAUUACAAAAUUAAAAUACAAAAAAA